CGUCAUGUGCACGUGAGCUGAGCGGCAAUGUCAUUAUUGUUUGGAACACCGCCCGUACAGGUCACGAUCGGUUCUCCGAUCGUACAUCAGCUUCACAGUUCCUACAUGGCGUUGGGGUAGUAGGCCUAUACCUUUGGGUGAGUAUAUACCGAUUCCGUGGUUUUACCCGCAUUUAGACGACGGUAAUCUCAAGACAUUUUGUUUUCGAGAUAGACCGUAGGCUUAGACCUUGCUACGUGCUCUGGGUCAUUCCCCUGCUAUGUGUCUGGGGAAGGAAACUAGACAGUAAUCUUAGGGCAGUUCCUGCUUCUGUAGAUAGGCUGUGAGACCUUGCUAUGUGCUCUAGGUCGUCCCCCUGCUAUGUGUCUGGGGAAGGAAGCUAGACAGUAAUCUUAGGGCAGUGUUUCUGCUUCUAAAGAUAGGCUGUGAGAUCCUGCUAUGUGCUCUGGGUAAUCUUAGGGCAGUUUUCUGCUUCUGAAGAUUAUAAACUCUGUGAGACCUGACUUUGUGCUCGAGCUUAUCCCUUGAUAUAUGACUGGGAAUUUAGUUGGUAAUCUUGCGGCAGCAGCUGACUUAGUCGUAGGAGAGACCUUUCUGUGUGGUCUAUUAGGCCGUUCGUGACAGAUUCAUUUAAGACAACGUUUUAUGUCAGUUGCUACGGCGAAGGAUAGACUUUGAGUGUGAGACUCGAUCGGACUCUUAGAGAAGUCUAUAUAUCGUAUGUUGAAUCAUGGACCUAUAAUAGGUCCAUGGUUGAAUUCACCAUGGGCAGUGUGCCAGGGUUAUCUCGAGCAGCAUUUACGCGGUUUUUCUUCCUGUGAGGAGUACCAUAUAGGUACAUGGUAGUACGGGGGGACAACGCUUGGGCUUGCAAAAUCCAGACGAUGGCCUUGCUAUGCGUUACAUUGUUCCACUAGUGGAGAUUGAAUAAGCGCCCAAUUAAUCCUUCGGAUAGAUCGUUAUCGAUUGUUCAAAUGACCAGUAAUGGACAGAGUACUUUUAUUCAGUCGGCAUGUGCCAACAAUUCAUCGUGUAACCAUGUUGUAAUCAAGCUUGCCUCAGGCAUGUCAGGUGUGAAAAGCUUAAUAGAAUUGAUCAGCCAAAAUGACAAAGGCCCAGGGCCAGACAAUACCCGCCAGCACUAAAUGGUUCCGAUGCUUGUCCGAAAUUACAUGAAUGUAUCACGUGACCCGAACACGAGGUAAUUUAUACAACUUGGAGGCCCUCACAUUCAUAGCUCAUUUUCACUCUGGGGUUCAUUCCGCGAGAUGCAGUCCUCAGGCUCGGAUCGUACUGCUUCGGCCCACCCCUCUACACCGGCGGUAUGGUUGAAGGAGGGACACUCCCUACGUGGCAGAGACAUGUUCCCGGUCGCCGCGCGCUUAGUUCAUCCGGACGAGGUGGAUCCAGAGAAUUUCGCCAGUCUGUCAAGAAGAUACCCUCUUACAUCGUAUUCUUUCGACGACCUGGGCAGUGAAUUCAAAAAGCUUACUGGGUAUGACAUUACGAAAGCCCCAGAAGCCGCUGCAGGGGCACCCCCCAACGUGGAGCAGGGAGCUGACAAUAACAAUGUCCCGGCCCCUCACGCUGAUAAUGAGGAUCCAGCAGUACGUCUAAAACUCCUAGAAGGGGAGGUCAAGCGCAUAAGACAGACGCAAGAAGGCACAUCAGUCCAAACAGCCCUCUCUCAGUCGAGGUUCCAACCCGACAGAUGGGAACUCAACACCGGAUUCGAUCCUCUAAAAGCUACUUCCGAACGUAGGUCACCAAGGCGGACCGAGUGUCGGGGUUCGGUGCCCUCUCUCUCUUCACCCACUGUGCUGUUACUAAAAGUUUGGGAUGUCAAAGGUAAAAACUGGCAAGACUGUCUUGACUCACUCUCCCUAAGAGACCCUAAUUCGUUCGUAGCGGGGCAGCUACACACAGAAAAGCAAAACUGGUCCAUACUGCUCGAUCAGGUUAAUGAUAAAGAUUCUAAGUUGGUGGAAAAGUGGAUUUUCAACGAAGUUGAAAUAGUGGAUUUCUUUCAACCUUUUAAGGGUUACUUCAAAGGGGAAUUCUAUGACUCAAAGCUUCCCCCGGCAAUGGUCUUUCAUAACGCGCCAAAUUGUGCCCAACACAAAGAGGAUAUCGUGAGUCAUCUAGAGGAAGGUUUGCGUAAUGGUUCGCUUGAGCUAGUAGGAAAGGUUGGAGAAGUAGACCCCCCUCAUCUUGUGAUGCCUCUCCUGAUGGUUGAUGGCAAAAGGGAAAAGAGGCUCUGCCAUAAUGAGCAGUUUUUGAACUUAUGGAUGCGCCACAUUCCGUUCUCUCUUGAGGGUCUCUCUCGCCUUCCUUCCCUACUGGAUCAAGGGGAUUUUAUGGCGUCGUCUGACGAAAAAUCAGCCUACUUAGGAGUUUGCUUAUCUCCAGCUUCGCGAACCUAUUUUGGGGUACAGUUUGCUGGAUGGUACCUAAGGUACACGGUUCUGCCAUUUGGCUGGUCGGAAUCGCCAUACAUCUACCAGACCAUUGGGAUGCAGGUUACGUUCAUUCCUGCGUCUCCGUGGAAUGAUUACAACUCAGUACCUCGACGAUAG